AUGGCCCAAAUCUCCUCCGCCGCUGCUGAAAUCAUCGGCAGUAACCACGACCUGGUGAUGGAGAUCCUUCUGCUUCUGCCGCCGAAAUCCCUCCUUCGAUUCAAGUCUAUCUCGAAAACAUGGUUCUCUCUAAUCUCCGAUCGUACCUUCUGUAUCCUCUGGCAACAGCGCAAACAAUCCCAUGAUCAUCCCAAAAUUUCCGGCCUUUUCUACACCUGUAAAUCCCGAACUGAAAUCAAAUACAUUCCUCUCAAAGAAACAGAUGAUGUUGGAAAAAGCAAGUCUUUAGAGCGCUUUCCCAAUAUGUACCCUAUCAAUACAACUAUCAUACACUCCUGCAAUGGUCUGCUACUCUGCUGUUUAAAAAAGCCAGGCUAUAGUCCCCGAUCUUACCAAGUCUACAAUCCUACCACAAAGCAAUUCCGGUCUCUUCCCUGGCCCUUUUCCCGCACUAGUUAUCCUGCUGACCCUUUAUAUUUGGCUUUUGAUCCUUCCAAAUCACUUCACUACAAAGUUGUUUUGCUUCAGAGAAUACCACACAAAUAUAAGAAGGAUAAUUACUUGUAUCAAAUUCAUAUUGAAGAAGAUGUGUAUUUGAUGCUAUUUGUAGGCACCAACAUGAUUAUCUCUUACAACUUAAAGGAUAAUACCUUUAAGAAGCUUCAUGAUGUAGCACACCAUCCUGGUUCUUCUUCUUCUCAGCUUCUGCGGUUUAAACACUGUAGCCUCUAUCCAUACAUUGAGACGUGGAUUUUAUUUUAG